UGCCCUAUAGCAGACAGUCGAUUACUCGACGGGUCUGAGGCAGGUAUCGCGCCUUGUCUUACCGGUUGAACGACACAAAACGAUCGAACGAACGCCUCAAAACGAACUAUGCUAUUCUAAACACAAUAAUCAAAAUAUAUCUCUCAGAAAAAAAGACUCAGUGGUGUGUGCGUGACUUCCGAAGAGCGUUUAUACGUGAGAACUUCUCCUUAAGUGCAUAGCGGUAUCGCAGAACCAGAUUCUAAGUUCUCAAUGUAUUGAAAGUAGCUUUUCUGUUUAUUUGUUUAAUCUAUUCGACUGUGUUUCGUAUUCUGAACAUCGUGUUGCAUCGGAAUUUACUUUACAUAGUUGAUAACAAAUGUAGUAACGAUGCAGACUGCGCGCGAGUCGAGCAGACAGAAGCGAUGUAAUAAGAGGCGAAAUUCGAGAAAGAAAUCCCUAUCGCCAUCAGAUUUGAAAUGUGCACGAGGUGACACCAAAACCGAAAGCAAACUGAGCGGCAAACGAUCGCUAUCCGAGGGGUCAGUGAAAGUGAAGCAUAGAAAAAGUAAUAUACGUCGAACUUUGACCCACCCGUUUACUUGUACGGACGAUAUUCACGAUGUGACCAUGAUCGGUGUGUUCAAUAAGAACGUUAAGGUCGACCCUCCGCCAGAGAGUGACGAGUCGAAUCUUCCUCCCACGAGCAGUGAUAGAGACACAGAGGAUGACGGGAGGAUACCACGACCUGUCCCUCAGAGGUCGCGCUGGGACUCUGGCAGCGAAAUGGACUCGCUCGUGUCUAAAGUUGUGAAGAGAGCGUCCGCCAGGCGCCGUAGGACGCCGGCAAACCCAGAGUGGGGCGUCAAUAGUGAAGCGGGCGAAGCGAGCGAGCACGACGCCGGUCGCAUGCGUCCCGAGGACUACAGGCUCGUGUUCCUCAGUUCGGACUCCUCGUGCCGCGAGGAUACGGAGGACUCGUCAUCAACGGCGUCUUCCGCAGCGCCGCCCGCGCCCGAGGACUGUGAUUGGGACUACUUCGAGCCGGGCGCGGCGGCGCCGCCACCUAUACCUCCUCCUACCAAGCACGCACCACAAGUCUGUCCGAGACAGUGUUCUUGUGGUGCUGAGCCCCGUAUAGUCGCUGUGCCUGUACCAGUUCCCGUACCAGUGCCCGCUGCGCUUUGGCCAGCAUUACUCGCCUUCCCCACGCAGAACCCACCGCCGCCACACUGGAAUACGUACCCCGGUUUCCCACCUUUAGAUGCCGCGGCGCUCGCCCGGCUUACCACGGCCGCAGCCGUCGCAGUCACCGCCGCCGCUACCGCCACCGCUUCCGUUACGUCCCAACCGAAUAAACUCGAGAUGACCACCGUAGAAAGGACCGAUAAAGCAAUACAAUCUGAAACGUCACAUUCGCCUGAGCCUCGUGAUAAGGAUAAGACCGAUAACAAACACGAACAAAUCGAAGCCGAAACGUCAGUCGGAAUAAAAGUGAUAGCCGAGGAGGACCGUUUAUCCGUCCUGUCAGAGCAAGCUGACGUUAUGCCGGACCACCUGGAUGCGGAGAAGGCAUUCGCGUCGUCUAAUGAAUCUGGCGACUCUAGUGACUCUGAAGGAGGCGUGGCGAGGCGCAGUUAUGAUGUCACGAGUGGCGCGCCCGAGGAGCCCGCGACGUCGGACGAAGAUUCUGAUGAUUCUGGAGGAGGUGGGGGUCGAUUUUCACGCGUAUUUGUAGUUAAUCCAGCUGAUUCUUCAUCUGACUUAGAAGAUAAUGCUGACAGCAGUGGAAUUGAUUGUGAUGAUUCUUACGACAAAAAAUCCGACAGUUUAGAAAUAAUUAAUGUUGAGGUAGUGAUGGAAAAUGAAGUUAAUAACAGUGCAGAGUUCAAUAACAGUGUUCAUCAAAAUGAUGACAAUCCAAGUAUUGUGUUGUUGGAUUCAAUUAAUUUUAAUGAAGAAUAUUCCUUAAUUCCGUAUGGGAAUAAUAGUGACGAAGGAGAUAAUGAUGGAGGAACUCGAAAGUCAAAUUUCUUUAAAUUCUGUGAUGAAAACAUGCUUCAAAGUGAAACGUGCGAACAAUACAACAGUUUUAAUGCGGCAUGUAGCUCGAGUAGCGAUAAUUUAGAUAACACAAACAAUAUAGAUAAUAAUAUUAAUCGAUGUCAAAGCAUAUCAGAAAGCAUUGAAUGCGAUUCGUUGACUAAUAGCUGCAACACGGAAAGCGAUAUGAAAGUAAAAGUCACAGUGGAGCUACCUUAUGAAAAAAAUAAAAAAGAAUCAAUAUGUACGGAAAUAUUACCCGAGUCUCGUAAAUUAUCAUCUUCACCCGAACCGAAUCAAAAUAAUUUAAGUUCACCGGUUCAGGAAAAAAUCGAUCUGUUUAAAGGUAUCGAACGCACGCUAAGCGAACUUUUAAAGAAAGAAUUAAUGGGGGAGCAAGGGGAGGAGAAAAUGCACGUCAGCAGGCCGGUUUGCACGGAAACGGAGGGGGGCGCUUGCGCACCUGCCGCUACAACAGUUUGCCGCUCGCGUACGGCUUGUGCGGACGGUUCCGCGCGCUUCACUAGCCGCGUUAUGAUAACGCACGACCGCGUCUCCGUCGUCACGUCGGACACGACGCGGCUUAUGCGCGACAUCACAGUGCACCACACCAACUCGCAGAGUGAUUCAGAACCAGAAACAACUGUACAACAAAACGAAACUGACGAACGAUUAUCCGACGACGAAACGCCACAGCCUUCGGGCGGAGUGACUGUUGUUAGCAAUGCCGACACUCUCUCAGCGGUCGUGUGCCUCGAGGAGGGGCUCGCCGAUGACGACUCGUGGGUCGAGGACGUCAGCCAUGACGAGGACGAGGCCACUUCACCGUCUGACACCGAUUCUGGGGACGAAGCAUCUUUACCCACCCGAGGGGAGGACUUUGCAUACUGUAGGCGUUCAUUGGACUUCACCUUGCACACAAUCGUCGAAGAAAGUUGCGAGGAAAGUGAAACGGAACACACGACUAAGAAAUCGCGACCACUGUCGGCCACUGAAUUAGAAAAAUAUUUUUUCUUCGGCUUAGGAGACGGAAGAAACGCCCGGGAAGAUGAGGACGCAGUGUCGGAAACGUCCAGUGUGUGUAGUGAGGGCGGUGAAUCUAUUGUUGAUAAUGAGCAACCGAAACGAAGUGGUGAUAGUGAUAAGCUUGUAACAUCGCGCUUAGAAAAAUACUUUCUAUCCGGUUUUAUGGGCUUUAAUCAGGAACAACAUGAUUCAGACGGAUCCGGUAGCGUAGGAAGUGACAGUGAGGGUGGCCAAAGUCCCGAACAAAGACGAAAACGUUUGGUUCGUGCGCGGGGAACGCCCCGUUCUCAUUCUUCUUCAUUAGACAACUUAUUAACCGGCGAGGAACCAUCUCAAGAUGCUCAAGAAGUGUCAGAUGGUUCUAGCACCGAGACAGAAGACAGACAUGAUUCGUCCGAGCGUCUCGAUUUGCAAGGUGAGUGUAAGAGAAAAAAACAAAAUAAAAAAAUGCGUGGUUCACCCGCCGACGAGCGACGUCAGUCCGCGGAGUUUACUGAGGAGACUCGAGAUGACACUAGAUCUGUUUCAGAGGGUGAAGAUGGUAAUACAACACCCCGACCCGAGUUUCCUCCCCUUGGCUCCGAAUUAUCCGAAUCUAAAAAACAAGCGAGUAGGGAUAGUGGUUUUGUGGGUAGUUGCGACGAUUUAUUACGAAACGGAGAUUCUAGCUCAGAAUUCACUAGAUCAUACGAACCUAAAAUGGAAUUAGAGGAGAUUAUUGAAGAAAUCCGACCAGACAUUGAGGAACGCACUGAGUGUCCUCCUUCAUCACGACCACCGCAAAGUCCAUUGACCCGCAAAGAUAGCUUUAAUAACUGGUCGUCAGACGAGGAAACAAAUCUUAUGAUGUCCAAAAUGCGUCAAUUUUUCAAACAAAUGAUAAAUACUGCUAAUGUCCGGACAUCUACCCCAGCGUCGUCGACCUCCGAAAGUACACGCCCGCCGAAACCUCCACAAUUAUUAUACUUUGAAAGUGAAUUAACACGAUUAAUGAAAACAGUACCAGGUAUACGAGACGAAGAAGUGCGUGAAAUAGUUGAGUAUCUGUCUAGUGAGGAUACGUGGAGUGAUUCAUACGAUUCAUCAGAUUACGCGGGCUCAGACCUGGAAGGAACUACUGCUAACAGAACAGCAUUACGAAAACAAAUAUCGGAAAGUUGUCGAGAAAUCAUUGACGAAUUUGAUCGAGGCAACGGAGACCCAGCUUCGCUCGAGCGGGAUGCUGCUGGUGCGUACCGAAAACUGGCAGCCACAUUGGGUCGUGCGGGCGAGGGUUCUCCACCUUUAUUCGGCAAAGUGAUGAGGCAUAUCGGUGGGAGGCUAGUGGCGUUGAUGCAUGAAGUGUCUGGUGGUGCGUCACCAAGCACAGACGACGAUAGCGCCUCAGAGCCUGGAGCGUUAGCUCGAAGUCGAUCUCAUGAUAUCCUUGAAGCGACCGCGAGUAGGGGAAGCGUGGCGAGUGAUUGUGAGAGGUUCUCGUGGCGUGGUAGUUUCGAAUCUGCUCUACUUGCUGCAGAUUCUCGCGGCACGCUAGGCGGAGGAGGUUGCGAGGCGAGACGCUCGCCGGCGGGCGCCGAUCUCGCAGCACAGAAGUCACAUUCCAGAAGUUGUGGGGCUAUUAGCGGGAGUGAGGACAGGCUGUGGCGCGGGAGACGGAGGGCGUCUGCUCCCGAUGCAGAGUCGGAAGAAGAGCAACGGUCUGGUUCGUUGCCACGGUUGCCUUCCGUGACGGGUCCGUGCACGGUACCGGCUGGCCCGGUCAAAUCGGCCCGGUACAGGGCGCCCGGGUUCCGUACGGCUACCCGGGCAGCGUCGGCUCCAGGCUUACACGCCCCAAGGCGCCGCAGACCACCACCGACACCACAAUUACCACCGCCUGCCGCCCCGGCGUCAGCUCCUAGUUUACAGGAUGAAGUGUAUAUGUCAGAUACUUUGUCGCCCGGCCAUGCCACACUGCCGAGGCGGUCUAGCUCACCGCUGCCAAAUGAACGAGAUAUCCUGGAUCGGGACAGAUUUCCCAUCAAUAGGAGUGGACUUCAGGCGCGCUCAGAAUCCAUGGCGUCUGUGUAUUCCGGCGCUGGCGAAGGUACGAGGGCUAGCGUGACGGUUCGUGGCGAGGUGCAGUUCUCACUGGUCUACAACUAUCGACUGGGAGCCCUGGAGGUUGGCGUCAAAAGGUGCCGUGACCUAGCGCCGAUAGACGUCAAGCGCAACCGGUCUGAUCCUUACGUCAAGGUGUACUUGUUACCGGACAAGUCCAAAGCUGGCAAGAGGAAGACAAAAGUAAAGAAGAACACGCUCAACCCUGUAUUCGAGGAGAGUCUCAGUUUCGUGCAGACGCUGGCCUCGCUGUCCUCGCGGACACUGUGGCUCAGCGUGUGGCACGCCGACAUGUUCGGCAGGAACGACUUCCUCGGCGAGGUGACACUGCCGCUGGCCGACGUCGUGUUCGACGACCCCGCGCCCAUGUGGUACAAGUUGCACGAAAGGACAGAACAUUUCGACGAGCAUCAGGGUAGCCGCGGCGACCUGAUCGUGGGGCUCAAAUUCGAACUGCAUGAAACCGGCGCCUUGCGGGGCAAGGGCACCCUGCACGUGCUCGUUAAGGAGGCCAAGAACCUCGUAGCCACCAAACCUAAUGGACUUGCUGAUGUAUUUUGUAAAAGCUACCUUCUUCCCGAACGCGGCAGACUUGUGAAGCAAAAGACCAAUGUGGCGAGACGCUCGUUAAAUCCAAGAUGGGAACACACUUUCACCUACCGUGGUCUCAAACUACAAGAACUCGGUACCAGAGCGCUAGAACUAAGCCUCUGGGAUCGGGACCGUCUUGCAUCAAACGAUUUUAUGGGAGCCGUUAGAUUAUCACUCGGUACAGGAACAUACAUGGGUGCAAAUGUCAACUGGAUGGACAGUGCGGGCAAGGAGGUGUCACUGUGGCAAACAAUGAUGCAGAGGCCUAAUUUCUGGGUUGAAGGAUCACUGCCUUUAAGACCUCAGCUUAAUAAUUAAGUGCCGACAUUUUGUAAAACAACUCGAGUUGCUAUCCAAAUGUUUAUUUUUCUUCAGUCUCAAUAAUAAUAAACUCUUUACGGAUUGUUGAUCAUGUCAAUGAGUAAAUUAUACAAAUACCUUUUAAAUAAUACUAAGGUAUACAUUAAAUUGGGCAAAAAUCUCUAUCUAUAAAAGAUAAAUAUCAGCCCUUUAUUAUAUACUGUCCCAAUGCUGGGCAAAGGCCUCCUUUACUACUGAGAGGAAAUAUAAUUCUACUUAAAUACUCUAUUUUAUGUAUUCUACUUUCUCCUUAACUUUACUAUACAAUAAGUGCCAACAUUACUAGCCAAGAAGUUUUUAAUGUACCCAAUUAUACGCUAGUUCGUAAGUCCUGAAUAUUAUUUGCAUAUAAAUCAAAUUCUAGAUAAUAAUAUGUAAUGUUAAGUUUUGUAAUCGCUGAGGUUAAAACUGACACUAUGGAUAAUAAUUAUGUAUUUUUAUACAAUAGUUUAAAUUCUAUUUAGAGAUAUGUUCGGUAAUAAUCUCUGAAUGUAACAUUCCAACUUGUGAUGGCAAUGAGAAUGAUAGCUUUAAGAAUUAUAAUGACAAUAACUUUACAUGUAUGAGUAACUGCGAAGUAGACUUAAGUUAUGCAUUUAUAUUAGUAUCAUUAUGUACAAAUUAAGUUCACAUGAGUCUUAUAGUACUAGCUCAUGCGCAUUGUGAUUUAAGUGUAGAUAUUUCUUUCAUUUUGUGAAUGUCAUUUGUGUAUAAUGAGAUUUUGAGAUUUACGACAUUGAAAGAACGUCCAUGGUUUAAUGUAAAAUAUAAGAUCUUAUUGACUAGGUACUAUACUAUAAAUAUUUUUAUAUAAACUUACUUACUUACUAUAAAAUUCAAAAUGUUAUGAAAAUAAAAGUUUUGAAUUGUGUCCUAAUUAAA